AUGCCUGCCGAUGGGCUGACAUUCAAGAGCCGCAUCAGGAAGCUGCUGAGCUCGCCGUCAGGCAAAUUUGGGAAGGACCGUGGGGACAACCUCGCCAGCAAGGUAACGUUGGAAAAGGUUUUGGGCAUCACCGCUUUGGGGAACAGCUGCCUGGCUUGUGACCCCAAAACUGGAUUAGUUGCUUAUCCUGCAGGAUGUGUUGUGGUAUUGCUGAACCCGAGAAAGAGCAGACAGCAGCACCUCAUCAACACGUCAAGGAAGACCAUCACGGCUCUGUCCUUCUCACACGAUGGCAAAUACCUGGUCACAGGCGAGAGCGGCCACCUUCCUGCCGUGCGACUGUGGGACGUGUCAGAGCACCGGCAGGUGUCUGAGCUCCAAAAGCACGAAUACGGUGUUUCCUGUGUGGCGUUCUCACCCGAUGGCAAGCAUAUUGUCAGCGUGGGCAACCAGCAUGACAUGAUGGUCAACGUCUGGGCUUGGAAAAAGGACGUCGUCGUAGCCGCCAACAAGGUGUCCAGCAAGGUAACGGGCGUAUCCUUCGCUGAGGACAGCUCCUACUUUGUCACUGUGGGCAACCGACAUGUCAAGUUUUGGUAUCUGGACCACUGCAAGGCUAGCAAGGCCAGCACCCCGGUGCCUCUGCUGGGCCGUUCGGGUCUUCUGGGCGAGCUGAGGAACAACUUCUUCUGCGACGUAGCCUGCGGACGAGGUCAAAAAUCCGACUCUACCUUCUGCGUCACCUACUCCGGCCUUCUGUGCGAGUUUAACGGCAACAGGAUGCUGGAUAAGUGGGUGGACCUGCAGACCAGUGUGGCCCAGUCACUGUCUCUGUCCUGGGACCGGAUCUUCUGCAGCUGCGCUGACGGAACUGUGCGAGUCUUCAGCCCACUCGACCUGCGUUUUGUCUGCACGCUGCCUCGGCCACACCCCCUCGGAGUUGACGUCGCGUCCGUCACUCAGGCCAGGUGAGGACGUCUGUAAAGAGGAGUUGUGUGUCUAAUGCACUUCAACUGUCUUCCUGUCUCUCCUUCCAGUCAUUUACUUUGCAGCCGGACAGACGCCCGAUACCCGGACGCUAUGGCCGUAACCUACGACCCCGUCAGCCGCUGGCUAAGCUGCGUGUACGCUGAUCACAGCGUGUUCGUUUGGGACGUCGCUGACCUCACACGUGUGGCUAAGGUCCACUCGGCCCUCUUCCACGCAGCUUGUGUCUGGGACCUGGAGAUGUUUCCGGAUAUUCCUGGGGAGACGGCUGCUAGUCUGUGGCCUGGGACGUUCCUCAGCUGCUCAUCCGACAGCACCAUCAGACUUUGGCAUGUAGACGAGCGCAGCCGUGGUCAUUCUCGGAACAUCCUCAGCUCCGACCUCCUCAAGAUCAUCUACACGAGCGAAAGCAUGGCCGCCUUGCAGGAAGCAGAAAAUCUGACCAACCCGGACGGACCACCAGCGGAAAGCAGGGCGGUGGUCCGCACCAUCUGCCUCAGCCCGGAUGGAAAACAUUUGGCGUCCGGAGAUCGCAAUGGAAUGCUCAGAAUCCACAAACUCAGCAGCAUGAAGGAGAUUCUUAAAGUGGAAGCUCACGAUGCCGAAAUCCUCUGCUUGGAGUACAGCAAACCAAAAACAGGUCUGCAGUUUCUAGCCACGGCAAGCAGAGAUCGUCUGAUUCACGUCCUGAACGCCGCAGCCGACUACGGCCUCGUGCAAACGCUGGAUGAGCACUCGUCUUCCAUCACGGCCGUACGCUUUGCCGCCGUUGAUGGUAAAGUGAGGUUGAUCAGUUGCGGGGCAGAUAAAAGCAUCUACUUCCGCACCGCUCACACGAGCGACAGCGGAACAGAGUUCAGGUGUUCUCACCACACUGUGAGAAAAACCACACUGUACGACAUGGCCGUGGACCCCAGCUGCAAGCACGCGGCGGUGGGCUGCCAGGACCGCUGCAUCAGGAUUUUUAACGUCAACAAUGGCAAGCAGAAGAAACUGUACAAGGGAUCACUCAGUGACGACGGCAGCCUGCUCAGGGUUCAGAUUGAUCCGUCGGGUCAGUAUGUGGCUGCCAGCUGCUCUAACAAAAACAUCAGCAUCUUUGACUUUCAUACCGGAGAGUAUGUCGCCACCAUGUUUGGGCAUUCUGAAAUUGUGACCAGUUUGAGGUUUACCAACGAUUGCAAGCAUUUGAUCAGCGUGUCAGGGGACAGUUGCAUAUUUGUAUGGCGUCUGACUCCAGAGUUGACCAUCAGCAUGCGACAGAAGCUCUUUCAGCUCCAACAGCCUUUCAAGAGCUCCGCCUUCAGCAGACGAGAGGCACACAGCGCUCCCGCUUUGGUGGGCGUCUCCUCAGACAGUGAGCAAGAUGACGAGAAUGGCGCCGCCCACCGAGACUCCGACGACUUCAGCAACAACACGUCCACCGACAGUAGCCACGGAGAAGAAGAUGCUGGCGCCUCGGAAGAUGCGCCUGACUGGGAGCGAACAAAACCUGCCGUACCCCCGCCGGUUGUCAGUCGCCGUCCUCGCCGUCGCUGGUCUCGUCGUAGGGGCUCUCUGGAGCUGAAGGUCAAGUCCAUGUUGGACCUUAGGCAGCUGGACACUUUCACUCCCAACGAAGAUACCAACACUGAUCCACGCAGCAGCACGCCCAACCUCCAUGAGCCUGCCAUGACCUCGGACAGGCCCAACAAGAACCUCUUACAUCAGCCCAUCGUGCGCUGUGAUUGGCUGUCAUCUGAAGGUGUGGAGAGUUCUGAGAGGGUGGGGCUGAGCCGGGAGGACAACGAAGAUGAUGGAGCUCUACAAGAUAGCGAUAAAACUGUGACGGAUUCGCUUCACAGGAAGUGUCAGGUGCUCAACCAGAGCCAGGACAGCUACAGCCCGGACAGUGCCUGCUCGAUGGGCUACGACAGCCGAGGAACCAGUCCUGAUGGCAUCCUAGAUGAGUCCGCAGACAACACCUCCCUUAGCUUGGACAGCUCGGACGAUGAGGAGGAAGAAGAAACGUUAGCAAAGGCUAACGUGGCCAUUGUGGACAAGGCCAGAAGAGAAGAUUUCCUCAGGAAGAACUUUGAGACACUGGGGGACACCUGCAGCGCAGUCGAGCCGAGCAGAGCCCCGAGGCUCAGCAUGUCCUCACGCUUCCUAGCCAGAGGACAUCACAACCGGGGAGGUUCUCUGUUUUCCAAAGUACAGGCAAAGGAAACAGACGGCAGCUUCUCCCACAACCCCCCCGUGUCCAAAGUGCGCCCCUUGAUGGAAAACGGGCAAAGCAGAACCCCGGAGAACAAGAGUCCUGUGUCCCCUAGCGCCACUCAGGGGCCAAGGAUCGUCACAGCUUCCACAGUCAUCCCAAGACCCCAGAAAAAAAACACAAUAAGGUCUCACAUUUGGAGGUUCUCCACACCGCCAUCCAAACCUUCAUUACCUGACAGAACUACUAGACUGCAUAAGUCCCUGUCUGUCCAGAACCUCACCGUCAUCUCUCCACGCUCUCCACUGCCCUCUAGUGAGCACAGAGAGUGGUGCAAAAGACCCCAAUAUCUCCUCCUGGACCAAGACCCUCUCAAGGCCUCAUCCUCGUGCGUCUCCUCGCCCUCGCCGGGCUCACCGCAGUCUCCUCACUCCUACAUGAGCCCCACAGCGAGCUCCAUAGCCAAAAGCAGCCGCUCGUCAUCCGUGGGCGAGGGCGUCCACCCUGGCCUCGACCUGUCCCCCUUCCCCAAGGCCCGGAGGUCCUGGGGGGAUCUGGAUGUCGCAGAGACGCCUUGGCAUCCUCUCGCUUCCGUUUCUCCAACACGCACUCGCAUCCCACAGCCCAAGCAGCCUCUCAGCCCUCGACGCAGCCUCUGCUUGGAACUAAAAGCCACUUCCUUUUGUCCGGGAAGUCCAACUGAAGCUUCUUUGCCCACUGUGGGACCGACCUGUGAUGUCACAUCCUACACAGGUACAGCAGAGAAUAACACAGUGUCCGCGUCUGAAAGAAAGCAAGAUGUCGCCCCGCCGUCUGAAGCCCUCCCCCUGGUGGCGGAACAUCCCCUCCCACAUCCAGGUAAUUCCAUCACUUUGGACAUGUGCAAGCAGGCUGCGAAUGAGCUUCAUUGCAGUCUGAGGCGAACUGUCACGCUGUACGCAGAGGUUCUCCAACGCCCUCCGGAGUGCGGGGAAGAAGCUCGUCGAGAGAUGGUGAAGGUUUUGUCCGGAGCGUUGACGUCUGCCAAGGUUGAGCUGGACCCGCUGCCGAGCUGCUGGCCCUCCAACGCCAAAAGUGAAGGUGACAAAGCUUUGGCGCUAUUAGAACAAUACGCGGAGCUUCUGCUAAAGUCGGUUGAGAAGAAGCUGGACAGCAAGAUGUGAAACAGGAAGCCCAGCAUGUUUUUUUUUUUUUUUUUUUUUUAAUAGCACUCAAACAGUUGGCCUUAUUUACUACAAGACAAUUGUUGCCUUAGCGCUCUUUUGCCUGUUUUCUACAUACGCAACCCGGAGGGACAUAAAGUACCACUUCCAAAACAGAUUUAUGACAAAAAAAAUGCUAUUUUGAAUUUAGACAAAAUAUGUCUGUCCGCGAAUAGUGAAUAUGUGCGUAUAAAAAUGCCCAUUGAAAUGCUUUGGGAAAUUUGGGGGAGGAAAACCCCCAAAAGAAAAACAAUAAAUAAUUUGUGUUUUUGAUUAUAUUUUUAAGAUUACGUCAAAUGUCUUUUAAUGGUCUUGUAUGUUUAACCAUGGCAGAACUUCUGCCUCAUGGUUCUAAGCUAAGGUUGGGGGUUCAAAUCCGGGCUAUGGCCGCCUUGUGUGGAGUUUGUAUGUUCUACCUGAAAUGAAAAAUGGAUAGAUGGAGGACUGUUUAUAAUAAAGACAAAAAUACAGAAAUCAGGAACAAAUUGUGAUGAUAUUACAACAUUCAACAAGUCAACAUUCUGUUUGAAGCCAUUUAUUUGUUAAUAGAAAAGGUAUACAAUAAAUUCACGCGGUAGAUUGCACACA